AUGGAGCCCUCCAGAGCGCUUCUCGGCUGCCUGGCGAGCGCCGCCGCUGCAGCCCCGCCGGGGGAGGAUGGAGCGGGGGCCGGGGCCGAAGAGGAGGAGGAGGAAGAGGAGGAGGCGGCGGCGGCCCCCGGGGAGCUGGGCUCCCACGCCCCGCUGCCUUACUGGACGGCCGUGUUCGAGUACGAAGCGGCGGGCGAGGACGAGCUGACCCUGCGGCUGGGCGACGUGGUGGAGGUGCUGUCCAAGGACUCGCAGGUGUCCGGCGACGAGGGCUGGUGGACCGGGCAGCUGAACCAGCGGGUGGGCAUCUUCCCCAGCAACUACGUGACCCCGCGCAGCGCCUUCUCCAGCCGCUGCCAGCCGGGCGGCGAGGACCCCAGUUGCUACCCGCCCAUUCAGUUGUUAGAAAUUGAUUUUACGGAGCUAACGCUGGAGGAGAUUAUUGGCAUCGGGGGCUUUGGGAAGGUCUAUCGUGCUUUCUGGAUAGGGGAUGAGGUUGCUGUGAAAGCAGCUCGCCAUGACCCCGAUGAGGACAUCAGCCAGACCAUAGAGAAUGUUCGCCAAGAGGCCAAGCUCUUCGCCAUGCUGAAGCACCCCAACAUCAUUGCCCUGAGGGGUGUGUGUCUGAAGGAACCCAACCUCUGCUUGGUCAUGGAGUUUGCCCGUGGAGGGCCUUUGAAUAGAGUGUUAUCUGGGAAAAGGAUUCCCCCAGACAUCCUGGUGAACUGGGCUGUGCAGAUUGCCAGAGGGAUGAACUACUUACACGAUGAGGCAAUUGUCCCCAUCAUCCACCGCGACCUUAAGUCCAGCAACAUAUUGAUCCUCCAGAAGGUGGAGAAUGGAGACCUGAGCAACAAGAUUCUGAAGAUUACUGAUUUUGGCCUGGCUCGGGAAUGGCACCGAACCACCAAGAUGAGCGCGGCAGGGACGUAUGCUUGGAUGGCACCUGAAGUCAUUCGCGCCUCCAUGUUUUCCAAAGGCAGUGAUGUGUGGAGCUAUGGGGUGUUGCUUUGGGAGCUGCUGACCGGCGAGGUGCCCUUCCGAGGCAUUGAUGGCUUAGCGGUAGCUUAUGGAGUGGCCAUGAACAAACUCGCCCUUCCUAUUCCUUCCACUUGCCCGGAACCUUUUGCCAAACUCAUGGAAGACUGCUGGAAUCCCGACCCCCAUUCACGACCAUCUUUCACGAGUAUCCUGGACCAGCUCACUACCAUAGAGGAGUCUGGUUUCUUUGAAAUGCCCAAGGACUCCUUCCACUGCCUGCAGGAUGACUGGAAACAUGAGAUUCAGGAGAUGUUUGACCAACUCAGGGCCAAAGAAAAGGAGCUGCGCACCUGGGAGGAGGAGCUGACGCGGGCCGCACUGCAGCAGAAGAACCAGGAGGAGCUGCUGAGGCGUCGGGAGCAGGAGCUGGCCGAGCGGGAGAUCGACAUCCUGGAACGAGAGCUCAACAUCAUCAUCCACCAGCUGUGCCAGGAGAAGCCCCGGGUGAAGAAACGCAAGGGCAAGUUCAGGAAGAGCCGGCUGAAGCUCAAGGAUGGCAACCGCAUCAGCCUCCCCUCCGAUUUCCAGCACAAGUUCACGGUGCAGGCCUCCCCCACCAUGGAUAAAAGGAAGAGCCUUAUCAACAGCCGUGCCAGUCCUCCUGCAAGCCCCACCAUCAUUCCUCGCCUUCGAGCCAUCCAGUUGACACCAGGUGAAAGCAGCAAAACCUGGGGCCGGAGCUCAGUCAUCCCGAAGGAGGAAGGGGAGGAGGAGGAGAAGAGAGCUUCAAAGAAGAAGGGACGGACGUGGGGGCCAGGGACACUUGGUCAGAAGGAGUUUGCCUCAGGAGAUGAAGGAUCCCCUCAGAGACGUGAGAAAGCUAAUGGUCUAAGUACCCCAUCAGAGUCUCCACAUUUCCACUUGGGCCUCAAGUCCCUGGUAGAUGGAUACAAACAGUGGUCGUCCAGUGCCCCCAACCUGGGGAAGGGCCCGAGGAGUAGCCCGGCCUUGCCAGGGUUCACCAGCCUUACAGAGAUGGAGGAUGAGGACAGUGGAGGCCCAAGGAGUGGGGACAGUCGUCUACAGCAUUCACCCAACCAAUCCUACCUCUGUAUCCCAUUUCCUCGUGGAGAGGAUGGGGAUGGCCCCACCAGUGAUGGAGUCCAUGAGGAGCCCACCCCAGUCAACUCAGCCACCAGUACCCCUCAGCUGACGCCAACCAACAGCCUCAAGCGGGGCGGUGCCCCCCACCGCCGCUGCGAGGCGGCUCUGCUCGGCUGCGGGGCUGUUCUCGCAGCCACAGGCCUCGGGUUUGACUUGCUGGAAGCCGGCAAGUGCCAGCUGCUUCCCCCAGAGGAGCCUGAGCCACCAGCCCGGGAGGAGAAGAAGAGGCGUGAGGGUCUUUUCCUGAGGGCCAGCCGUCCUCGUCGAAGCACCAGCCCCCCAUCCCGAAAGCUCUUCAAGAAGGAAGAGCCCAUGCUGUUGCUGGGAGACCCCUCUGCCUCCCUGACGCUGCUGUCUCUCUCCUCCAUCUCUGAGUGCAACUCCACCCGCUCCCUGCUGCGCUCCGACAGCGAUGAGAUCGUGGUAUAUGAGAUGCCCAUCAGCCCGGUCGAGGCCCCAGCCCUGGCCCCAUGCACCCACAACCCCCUAGUCAACGUCCGAGUGGAACGCUUCAAGCGAGACCCUAACCAGUCUCUCACUCCCACCCAUGUCACCCUCACGGCCCCCACGCAGCCGAGUGGUCACCGGCGGACUCCUUCCGAUGGGGCCCUUAAGCCAGCGGCUCCCCUAGCCAGCAGGAGCCCCUCCAGCAAUGGACUGAGCCCCAGUCCCGGAGCAGGAAUGUUAAAAACCCCCAGUCCUAGCCGAGACCCUGGUGAAUUCCCCCGUCUGCCCGACCCCAAUGUGGUCUUUCCCCCAACCCCAAGGCGCUGGAACACACAGCAGGACUCUACCUUGGAGAGACCCAAGACCCUGGAGUUUCUGCCUCGGCCACGUCCUUCUGCCAACCGGCAACGGCUGGACCCUUGGUGGUUUGUGUCCCCCAGCCAUGCCCGCAGCGCCUCCCCAGCCAACAGCUCUAGCACAGAGACACCCAGCAACCUGGACUCCUGCUUUGCUAGCAGCAGCAGCACUGUGGAGGAGCGACCUGGACUCCCAGCCCUGCUCCCAUUCCAGGCAGGGCCACUGCCCCCUGCUGAGCGGACGCUUCUGGACCUGGAUGCAGAGGGACAGAGUCAGGACAGCACUGUGCCAUUGUGCAGAGCUGAACUGAGCACACACAGGCCUGCCCCUUAUGAGAUCCAGCAAGAGUUCUGGUCUUAG